AUUAUUUUCUAAACGCUCGCUCGAUCACUCGGGAAGUGCCUCACUCGGGAAGUGCAGAGAAAAGAAACCCCGAAUAAAACCCUAGAUCUCUCCACUCACCUUCCCUUCCAGGCUUCCACUUCUCUCUUCCGCGCCGCAGUCGUGACCUUUCAGGGAGACGCCGUAGAAGCAAGCAAGUUCAUGGCGGAGAAGUCCUUAGAUUCGAGUACCUCCCCUUCGGAAGUCGCCGCUCCGGAGACUACGCGGCCAGCUUCAAGCCUCGAGAAAAAGAUUCGCCGCGCCGAGCGCUUCGGAGUGCCAGUUCAACUUUCUGAAGAGGAGAAGCGUAAUUCUCGUGCCGAACGGUUUGGCACUAAUUCACCCUCUUCUGGAAAAGAUGUGGGAGUUUCAGAGGAGCAGAAGAGGAAGGCUCGGGCAGAGAGGUUUGGACUUGCCCAACAUCCUUCAACUGAUGAAGCUGCAAAGAAGAAGGCUCGUUUGGAGAGAUUCUCCCAGAAACCAAAGUCAAAUGCUUUGGAAGAAGAGAAAAGUAAAGCCAGAGCUGCAAGGUUUUCAGGAACAUCUAAUUCUUCAUCUGAUAGCAAUGUCAAGAAGGCAGCCACGGUUGAGACAGGAGGUGGUUCCUAAGGCCUAUAACUUUGGCAGCUAAAGCCACCAGAGUACUUAUUUCAACUGCCCCUUCAUAUUAUUUCACUAUUUUUCUGCUCACUUUAUUGCCUGAAUAACUUGCGCUUCGUUCUUUUUGCAGAUUCUGGUUAGCUAACAAGUUGGCUUCUUGUCUGAUUUUGUUGAAGCUGAAGCUGCUUCACCUUGACAUUAUUUGUGGAGUGGUGGCUUGUUCAUGGUGUAGAUGGUUUGUUACACAGAAUGUCUACAUGGAUUUUUUUUUUUGUGUAUUGUUUUUUUCAAUGGACGCAUCAAAUAUUCUCAAACAUACUCUGCAGCCACACUAUUGUAGGAAAUUUUUGGCUUGCAAAUAUUUUGUUCUCCAUUUAGUUUUUUGCUGAUGCAUGCCUUUACUUUUUGGUUAGAGGGCAAUUUACGCUUGCUGUUGAAUAUUAGAUCUGUGUACUAUUCAUUUUCAUGCUGAUCUAUCUAUAUCCUUUUUCAUGUCUCA